AUGAUGAAAAAUUGGUUGCCAGACGAACACAUGCAAGCCUUCCUGAAAAAGCAUACUCAUUAUUCCGAAGAGCACAUGAAGAAUUGGAGCCUUUUUGUCAAGAUGAUGAGAGCACAAAACCGCAGACCUCCAUCGGGCGGAAAGAAGGCCUUCUUUGGUGUACUGCAUGACUGUGACUCGACGAGCGAAACAAACGAAGAAGGGAAUCCAAAUCCAAACAAGGAUGGUUGGGAACAGUACUGCUUCGGAGAUCCCUAUGAUCUCGCCUGCGGCAAACUUUUUGUUGAGUUUCAUUUGGACUGGGAGGAGUGGAAGAAUACGGGAAAUGAAGAGGGAUGGAAGGAAGAGCAGGCGCUUGUAGAACGGCUUUGCAAGUACAUGUAUGACGAUGAAAGUUGA